AUGGGACAUGUGGCAGCGCCAGAGCAGGUACCUCGCCCCAGAACGUCCGAAAGGAUGUGGCAAGAGUUUGGGAGACCUCGAACUGGGAGCCCAUCAAAGCCUCCCCCUUUGAGAGGGCGGAUCAACUGCCGGAACCAGCGCCGCUCAGAACCAAUCGAGCAAACGCGCAGGUUCACGUCAUACAGGAAGGCGGACGCAGGGAACCCUCCCCCGCCCCAGCCAAGACAGGUGGCAUCCUCUCCGGGCCCCCCGCCCUCGCCAGGGGGCUCGGACGACUUCGGCCUGACAACUCCUCGGCCGGAGGAACGACGAAAGGAGAGCCGGUUUACCGAAGAUCCGGAGGGAAGCAGGCGCACCCCUCGGUUGUUUCAACCGAUCAAGAUCAUCACCUACAAGGGGACUAAGAAGGACGAAGGCUUCGGCGCGCAUCGCUUUAUUAAGCGCAUGGAGACUUACCUUCGGAACACUCCCGGUCUUACGCAGGGCCAAAUGGGCCUCACCCUUUUCCACAACUUGGGGGAGGUGCAACAGGGCAAGGACGAAGCGGUGGGGACGCUCGCGCAGAGGCUGCGCGACCUUUUCGUGCAGGCAGAUAUCUCCAACGAACAAGUCAAGAUACACCAUUUCAAGAUGUCUCUGCGCAGCCCACUGCGCGAACAGCUUCACACUCGCGGAGCACCCACGUUUGAAGAAGCUGUGGACAUUGCGGAGGAACUGGACAGAGGACUCUGGGCAAUGGAGAAAGCCCCCGUCACGAAGGCGGCGCCGCUGCGGAUUACUGCGCGCGCUGCGAAUCAGGUUCGCGUGGCGGAGGCCGACCGGGUGUCUGAAGCAGAUUCGGAGCGCCCUCAGGACGACAAAAUGGAGACCGCCAGGUACACCCAGCAGGAGCAGCCGCGCCAAUUGGCAGCAGGCCGUUACCCUGACAGAAACGGAGGAGUACGAGGCGAACGCCCUCCGCAGUCGAACCGACCAAACUUUCCUCCGACCAAACCCCAAACGUGCUUUAACUGCCUGAAAACAGGGCACGUUCAGAGGGAUUGCCCCGAGCCUCAGAAAAACACGGCGCGGUGGGCUAAUGGCGAGGAAGUGGAGUACGGUUACGACGACUGUGACGCGGAGACUGUUUACGAGGACUGA